AUGAAGAUUAUAAUUGCAAUCAGUCUUGUGUCACUGGUGCUAUCGGUGCUCGGAGAUCGGAGGAAUUGCAAGCUCAACAAGAGUAAAGUUGUAGUUUGUGAAGAUGCCGGACUCAUCACACGAGUCUUUCAUCCAGCUGAUGAUAACAAUCUCACUCUAGAUCUGAAUGGCAGUUCAACAAUCCAGAGGAAUGCAUUCAAGAAUGUCAACAACUGGCAGCUUCAACUGAUUCUUCCUGAAGAAGGGGCUCCACACACUCUGUUUCUGGAGUCAGGAUCGUUCCGUGGUGUUGGAUACACAACAAAUCUUGAUAUUCAAAAUGCAAAUAUCGUUUUUGAUGGCAAUCCUUGGGAAGAUCUGGGAGACCUAGCUAUUCUGAGAUGCAAGAACUGUGGAUUCACCGAAGUGCCUACUGAAAUACUAGAAUCGUUUCCCAAAUUAGAGGAACUCUAUUUAGAAGAUCAUCGGAUAGAUGUCAUCCAUGAAAAUGCAUUUGCAUCUUUGAAGAAUUUGACUGUUCUAACUUUAACCAGGGAAAAGCCUAUCACUCUGGAACCUGGAUGGCUAAAUGGACUUGAUCAAUUGGAAGAACUGACGAUUGCAGCUAAUUCGUUUACCUUAGCUCCUGGGAUUUUCGAUGGAUUGAAAAAAUUAGACACCCUCAGGUUGAGGGGCAAAAUCGACAAUAGCACUAUUCCCAAAAUAUAUGAUUCCAUCAAAACACUGACUAAUCUUGAAGUGGAUUAG